UUCCGUGACGGAACCUUUUCACCGUGACACUCGCUGCUGUCAGUGAGCAGUGAGCCGUUAUGGCGUCCCGCUGCUUGGUAAAUCGUGGUGCGCUAACAUUGGGACUUCACUACCAGCGUAUGUGUGGAAAUGUCUCAUUCACGCAGAUUAGAGAGAAGAAGCGCUGGAUGAAGGCGUACACAUUGCUCAUGGCCAGGAAGUUAAAGAUUGAAGGACCUCCACCGCCGAAGCCACGCUCUCAGAAGCCUAACUGGGAUUACCAUGCCGAGGUUAAGGCUUUCAGCGCCCGUCUUCACGAGAACUUCUCCUUGGAGCUGCUGAAGACAGCCUUUGUCAGUCCCUGCUACCUCAAGUCAGAGCAAGAGAGGAGACAGGAGUUGGGCAUGAACUCUGAGACCACAGCUCUUGUUCUGACAGAUAAUGCUCAGUUGGGUACACAGGGGGCGGGCUUUGUUAGGAGCUUCCUGACUGACUGGUGCAGAGCCAGCUUCCCCAGCCUGCCCAGUGAGGGUGUAGCAGCUGUUGUAGGGCACCUCAGCGGCUCAGCAGUCGUGUGCCACGUAGCAAAGAACCUCGGCAUUGAAGAUCUAACCAUGAGUGCAGAGUUCCCCGUCCCCGAUGAUGUGCUCCAUUCCACAUUUAUGGCUGUGAUUGGAGCGUUACAAGAGAGCAGCGGAGCAGAGCGAGCAGGAUUCUUUCUCAGGGAUUUUCUGGUCACUCAGCUGAUAGGGAAGGAUCUUUUUGACAUGUGGACGGUGGUCGACCCGAUGGGACUUCUGAUGGAGGAGCUUAAACAGCGAAACCUUCCUGCUCCAGAGCCCCGCCUCAUCAGGUCAGCUGGGGCCAGCACUGUUCUGCCGCUCUACUUCGUUGGCCUGUACAGCGAUAAGAAGUUUCUGGCUCAGGGUCCAGGAGAGACGCUCCUGGCAGCAGAGGAAGAAGCUGCUCGCGUUGCGCUGCGGAAACUCUACGGCUUCACUGAAAACCGCAGACCUUCUGACUUCUCCCCACAGCAGUAUCAGCCACAACGCCUUCAGUCCAUCAGCAGCGCUUAAUGAACACAGGACUCCUGUCCAGCAGCGGUGAGCCAUUUGAAGAGGGUGCAAGUGACGGGAGUGGCAUGCAUCGACCUUGUUAACACGAAAUAUGUGAUACAUCUCCCUUGUGAAUAGCAGAUUUUAGGGAGAAAGUGAAGAACAUCAAGGUCACCAUCUUCAAUGUUAAACUAGCAAAUCACAGACUGUUCAACAUGGUAACUGUUGGGUCUGAUUCAUUGACCCUGGGGAUAUUAAUGUCCUUUGACCUAGACAGAGGGAGGGAAAAAAUAUGUUGUUUUUUCGUUUGUGUUUUCAUAAUAAAGUGUACAUGUUGCAAAAUC